AUGUCCAGAGCAGCGGGAAAGACCCUCACGGACUGCCGCGAGUUUCUUUCCCGCUGCCCUCUUCUUGAAGAGGUACACAUCGUUGUGUCUCGUGGCCUUCUCCACUGGUCUUCUGCACUGCGUAGUUCAUCGCCGGCAUGUCUGUUGUUUCCCUUCACAGAUAACCCAGUUACCUUGGAGGAUUUACGGAAUACUAUCUCGAAAAUCGGACCUAUCCAGCUGAAGGAUGAGGAAGAGCAAGAUUACCUUAGAGUUCUGCAAGCAAUGCACGACUCUGUCCAGCGCAUCUUGGAUGAAGAGGACUACUAUCCUAUUCCCGACCGUGUGAGGUUCCCGCGCGAGGACAUAUACUAUCCGGCAAAGGAGGACAAUGAGCUUGGUGCAUGGGCUUGGAGAUACACCUUGAAAGACGUCCAGACCGAUGCCACCACCACGGGUCCCCUGGCAGGCCGCACGGUGUGCUUGAAGGAUUGCGUCGGGGUCGCAGACGUCCCGUGCCUACUGGGAACAGAAGUUAUCACCGACUAUGUCCCGAAAACAGACGCAACGAUUGUUACCAGACUCCUGGAAGCUGGUGCGACUAUUAUUGGGCAGUCGGUAUGCGAAAACAUGUGCACGUUCUCUGUCUCCUUCAGUGCAGCGACGGGUCCCGUGCAUAACCCGUACGCAAGGGGUCGUAACGCUGGUGGCUCUUCGUCGGGUUCAGCCGCCCUCGUGGCGGCACAGCAGGUAGACCUCGCUAUAGGGGCAGAUCAGGGAGGGAGUAUCCGCAUGCCUUCGGCCUUGUGUGGAUGCGUGGGUCUGAAGCCAACCUUCGGACUUGUGCCCUACACAGGAAUAGCUUCCAACGAAUCCACAAACGACCACACAGGCCCUAUCACCAGAACGGUACUGGACAACGCGUUGAUGUUGCAGGUCAUUGCUGGAGCAGACGGGAUUGAUGAUCGUCAAGGAGCAGGCUGUCCUUUCCCCAAGGACGUCCCGAAAUACGUUGAUCAGCUCCUCGCGAGCCGUCACAAGUCCCUGGAAGGCAUGAAGAUCGGAAUCCUCCGCGAAGGCCUGGACAUGUCUAGCGUCGACCCACGAGUCCAUGCCAAGGUCGUCGAAAGCGCCAUGAAGUUCAAGGAACUGGGCGCGACCGUCGAGGAGAUAUCUAUUCCGUUGCAUAAAGAAGGCCCGAUAUAUCACCUUACCGUCGGAAGAAUGGCGGGGUACCUUAGCAGAAUGGGACAAGCCUCCUCCCGGAAGGAGCUAUAUUUGACGGAGCUCACGGACAAAUUUGUGCCUUGGACGCAGCAAAAAUGGGACAAGCUUUGGCCGACAGCAAGCAAUGUGAUGAUCAACGGUGCCUACUGCUGGGACAAAUGGCCUUCGCUGUAUGGGAAGACGCAGAACCUGCUUCGAAAGUUGAGAGACGCUUACGACGACAAGCUUGCCACUUACGACGUGAUAAUUCUGCCCACUGUCCCUCAAGUCGCGGGUACGCUGGGCAGUCAAUCGGACAGACCAAUGGACAAAUUAGCAAAGACAGUGGGCCAGAACUUAAAUUGCGCUAUGUUUAAUCAAACAGGACAUCCGGCGUUAACGCUACCAAUUGGCAUGCUCCCGCCUCAUGAUGGACCUGAAGACUUGCUACUACCGGUUGCAUUCCAGAUUAUCGGCAAGCAUUUUGACGAAAGUACGAUAUACCGCGCAGCACUUGCGUGGGAGGACAGAUUCAACUGGAAAGACCUGUGA